AUGAUCAAUGAUGUGAAACUCUUAGGUAGUGUUUCUGCUAAUGCCCUCUGGCUCCACCAGUUAUCUCAGAAUCAUAUGGGGAGAAGUAAAACAAAUCCAGUCGAUCAUCGGUUUGGUACAUUCCCGGUGGAUCCUAACAAAUUUAAAAAGGUUAUUAACAGAGAAAAAGAGGAGAAGAGACAUGGGAAGGCUCUGAAAAGAAAACCUUGGAAAGGUGUGACAUGCCCGGUUUGUCUUGAGAUCCCUCACAACUCUGUCAUCCUCCUAUGCUCAUCUUACCACAAAGGAUGCCGCCCAUUCAUGUGUGCCACUGGAAACCGUUUCUCAAAUUGUCUAGAACAGUACAAAAAGGCCUAUGCGAAGGAAGAGAAAAGUGGCAAACCGCCAGAGCUGUUGUGCCCGCUUUGUAGGGGUCAGGUGAAGGGCUGGACAGUUGUGGAAGAUGCGCGGAAGUAUCUGAAUUCUAAGAAAAGAGCAUGCAUGAUAGAUGAUUGUUUUUUUUCCGGAAGCUAUAGGAAACUCAAGAAGCAUGUUAAGGUGGUUCACCCGAGAGCCAACCCAAGAGCGAUAGACCCUGUGCUGGAGGCGAAAUGGAAGAAGCUUGAGGUUGAGAGGGAGAGGAGUGAUGUAAUUAGCACCGUCUUGUCGUCGACACCCGGGGGUGUGGUAUUUGGAGACUAUGUGAUAGAGCCGUACAACAGUGCUUAUGAUGAUCACUCUGACGAUGACCUUGACUCUGAUGAAUCAAAUGAUUCUCUAGAUGGUGGUAGGUUCUUCGAACUGGGAUCACUUGGAGCAUAUGGCAUGAGCCGUCUUCAACAGCGUUCGGCGGCAGCAGCCAUCUCGAGCCGGGGAGUACGUAGUAUGAUCAUGAGAAACCGGUGGGCCCGAAGCAGAGGUGUGAACAGAAGGCGGGAAACGCGAGAUUGA